AUGACGACUUUGUUUGCAUGGUGUACUCUAUACUGUCACUUGUGGAUUGACUUGGAGGAGAUAACGAGUCUUGCAGAGCUGCCGGGAUCGGGCAUACAACGGAUGGUAUCCCGACCGCAGAAACCGCAAAAUCCCCAAUCACGGCCAAUUCGUAUUGACACCAACUCCGAAAGUCCGGAUGCAGACGACCAACGCGCAUUGCUGAGUGAGAGUGAUAGCCAGUCAGAUGACAGCUCUGGCCAGAACGAGAUGCGUUACCAUGACAACUACUUUGACCAAAACGACUAUUCGAGCGAAACCAACCUCGAUACGGACACGGACAGUGAGAGAGAGUGGGUGACUGUGAAGAACAAACAGACGCAGCCCCUGCGCGAGCGUGUACUGCUGAAGGUGUUUGAGAUCUUCAACCGUAUCUCCGAGUACACAUACCUCGCGGCUUUGGUACUGCUGUUCAUCUGCUGUCUACAACAGGUCUCCUUAUUCAACGCUGUCUAUCUGGGAUUCUUCUUGUGCUUUAUUGUCAGUCCCAAUAUGGCUGAGCGUUUCUGGUCAUGGCUGGUGUACUAUUGCGAAGGCAUCAUCCUGGCGAUCUACCUGUACCAAUUCCGCUGGCUCAAUG